AUGUCAAGCAUUGGCGUCUUCGUGGGCUGCGGCUCGCAGUACAAUGUCUCGGAGCUCAUGGCGAGGCGCGAGCACUUUCCGUCAUCCGUACGCGCGGAGCUCGCGGCGGCAAUCAAAGCACUGCGCGUGGUCAUGCGUAUGCGCGACGACAGGGUACUCCCCGGUCCCACCAAAGUCGUACUGAAGAUGGACUGCCAAGAUAUCCAGUUGACCAUGAUAUCGCGGAUCUUCGAGUGGAAGACAACGUCCUAUAAGCGUUGUCGCUCGAUGGUGCCUCUCCUCGACCGCGAUCUCUACUUCGAUCUCGAAGAGGCGGUAUGCACACUGUGGAAUCAGUAUGCAGUGGCUGUCCUUUUCUGGUGGGUUCCAAGAGAGCACAAUCGGGACGCGGAUGAUCUCGCCACAGCAGCGAUGAACAGAGAGGACCUGAGGAUAGCUACGGCACAUGCCACUCUGAAGAGGAUGCGAGAUCAGAAGAGGAGACGUGACGAUGAGGACGAAGGGCAGUCUGCCAGGUUGAAGCGUCCUCGUAUCCUGCCAGCCACUCCGGUGCUGCCCCGACCGGCGAACCUUGGGUCAAGCAUCGCCCAUUCCACCAGGUCAAAGUCGAAUGCGAUCAAACAAUCUAAUAACGUCGUGAUUGACCUGACUGGUGACUCGGAUGUCACAUCUGGGCUGCUCGUGCCCACCAAAGGCACAGGUGACCAAACACAACAUCACAGUCCAUUGCGCCAUAUAGCUCCGCCGCCAAGCCGCCCAAUGAUCACCGGCGUGGACCCCAAACAUCCAAAGAGGUCCGCUAAUCACACAUUACCCAGGCCCAUCAGUAAGAGCACCGACACGCCAGGGAUGGCCUUCACGGAUGCUCAAGGGUCAAUUCCACUCUGGUUGAAGCCUAGACUGCUUCCCAAAGAUUGGAGUAUCGGCAAGCUAGAGGCUGUAACAGAUAGCCAGAGCAGUCGCCAGAGCCCGUUGCCGGUCACGUCGCUCGCUCCCACCAUGAGGACAUCUUCUACGGACAGUGGAAACACGAUGUCUUCGUUCUGCCUGGCUCGACAUGGCUCGCCCCUGACCCUGUCGCCCGUACCCGACAUCACGACUGUGAAGUCGGUGAUCAAGAGGAUCAUACCUGCUUGGGCACAAUCACGGACAGCAAAGGCCUUGAGUAGAUUCCAGGGUCUUGGUAGAGCUGCUGGACCUGCGAAAGCGCAGGAGCUAAAGCCCACUAAGCUUGCUACAGCUUUCUCUGAGUUCGUGGUUUCAGAAGGCGCGCCACCAACGCGGUAG